AUGUCUGAAGAACAGAAGCCAGUCGAAGAACAACCAGUGGAGGAAGUUCCAGCCGAGGAAACUCCAGUUGAAGAAGCUCCAGCUGAAGAAGUUGAAGUUGAAGAAGAAGUUAUUGCAGAGCCAGAACCAGAGUUCAAGUUUGUUGAGUUGGCUACACCAAUCCCAAAGAGCAUCCAGACCGGAGCCAAGGAGGUUAAGUUGUUCAACAAGUGGUCUUUUGAGGGAAUCACUGUCAAGGACAUCUCAUUGGCUGACUACAUCCAGGUCAGACAGCCAAUCUUUGUUCCUCACACUGCCGGAAAGUACGCCAACAAGAGAUUCAGAAAGGCACAGUGCCCUAUUGUUGAGAGAUUGACCAACGCCAUCAUGAUGAACGGAAGAAACAACGGUAAGAAGCUCAAGGCUGUGAGAAUCGUCAAGCACUCUAUGGAGAUCAUUAAUGUCAUCACUGACCAAAACCCAUUGCAGGUUCUUGUUGAUGCCAUCGUUAACACAGGUGCAAGAGAAGACACCACCCGUGUUGGUUCUGCCGGUGCCGUCAGAAGACAGGCUGUUGAUGUUUCCCCAUUGAGAAGAGUCGACCAGUCCAUCUCAUUGUUGACUACUGGUGCUAGAGAGGCUGCUUUCAGAAACAUCAAGACCAUUGCUGAGUGCUUGGCCGAGGAGUUGAUCAACGCUGCCAAGGGUUCUUCUACUUCCUUCGCUAUCAAGAAGAAGGAUGAGUUGGAGAGAGUUGCCAAGUCCAACCGUUAA